GCCUCGCAGACGCUGCUUUUUGACCAUUUUGACUGGAUCUUCGCUUGGUGUCAGCAUAUCGCUAGUGAGAAUGGGUACCUUACUAUCCUAUCGCGUGCGAAAACGAAAGGUCUGAAGGGUUUAACAUGUCAGCUCAACACGUUUUCCGUCUGAUUUCGAACGCCGAUCAUUGUAUUUCCUUGUCAGCAACGAUUUCAGGGUUCAUUCUCUCGUUUGAAUUGAAAUCCAGAAACGCAAACCAUUCAGAAACAUUGACGCGUGUUAUUUCAAGCUUCUCUGCCUAUCUUUACAACUUUGAAGCUCGAACGCUUGCUAGAACUCAGAUCCUUGAUACCAAGUCUAUAUCCCGCGCUUUCCGGAACAGGCCGGCAGCUUUGGAGGAGGCCUGAAACUUGAAACCCUACUACGACCACCACUCAUGACCCAAUUGAAUUCACCCUUAAUGCAUUAUGAGUAAACAUUCAGAGUUUGA